AUGGAGGGCACCGCAAAUUUGGUGGUGUAUCGCAACGGUGAGAUAGUACGUAAUACUCAUGAGGGAGUGAGGUUUAUGUCCCAGAAUCCGUUUUCGUUUGUGGUUCCAUGCACGAUGACGUUAAUGGAGCUGCAGAACGGCCUCUGUCAAAGCAUGGAUAAUGGUACGUUAAUGAGAGUGAGCAGAAUUCUGUACCGGAAUCCGAUUGUGGUUUUUGGUGGUCUAAUACAGUUUGAUGCCAUGCCGAUCACUGAUGAUGCGAGUAUGCAGAGGAUGUUUCAAAUUCACCGGGAGACUCAGAUGCGACACCCACAUAUUGAGGUGUACGUUGAUUUUGAAACUGUAGAGGCAGUGGCGGUUCAGAAUGAUAUAGAUAUACAUGAUGAUAGAGCUGCAGUGUACCAAGGAAUGAAUAGUGACAGCGAAGAAGACUUCGAAGCCACUUAUGAGGCCGGCGACGAAGAUGAGGAUGGUAAUGUGGGAGUUGAGGCAGCAGCAGAGAAUGUAGUGGUGGGUCCGCCGAGCAGUCAACCGAUGGACGUUCCACCUUUUAUGCGUGAGUUGGAUCUCGAGGCCAUGCAUGCCCCCGAGUUUCCGGAAUAUACAAACAUAGGUGUUGCCGAUGCUGAGGACGGGGAGUUCCGGAUUGGAAUGAAAUACAAUUAUAGAAAGUCGGUCGUUGCAACAAUUAGAAGUUUCACUAUUGCCAAAGGAGUUGACUAUGAGGUGUAUGAGUCUGAGCCACAGACGUUCUAUGCAAAAUGCAAGAUGUACGGGCGUGGAUGUGACUGGCUUAUUCGAGCUAGCUUGAUACGGAGAAAAUGUUGUUGGGAGAUACGAAGAUACAACGGUAGGCACACGUGCACGGUCGGAGCGAUUUCACAAGAUCAUUCCAAGUUGGACUCAAAUACAGUUGCUGAUACUAUAAAGCCAUUGGUCGAGACGGACCCGUCCAUCAAGGUGAAAUCUAUAAUUACGGAAGUCCAGUCAAGGUUCAACUAUACCAUUAGUUACCGAAAGGCUUGGUUGGCAAAGCAGAAGUCCAUAGCCAACGUUUUUGGUGGUUGGGAGGAUUCUUACCAAGCCUUGCCAUGGUGGCUCUCGGUCAUGGUGCAGAAGAUGCCUGGUUCAGUUGUCCAAAUAGAAACACGACCACUGUACAACGGGAAUGAGGAGGCGCAAGGUGUAAAAAUACUUCAUCGUAUAUUUUGGAGUUUCAAUCCAUGCAUUAGGGCAUUCAGGCAUUGCAAGCCCCUGGUUCAGGUUGACGGCACACACCUAUACGGAAAAUACAAAGGUACACUUCUAGUCGCUGUUGCACAAGAUGGGAACCAGAACAUUGUGCCUAUCGCCUUUGCCUCAGUGGAAGGAGAGACAGCUGAUGCGUGGCACUUCUUUCUCAGGAAUCUGCGAAUGUAUCUAGUUAGAAAAGACGGCGUGGGUAUGAUCUCAGACCGACAUGAGUCAAUACGGGCAGCAGUAAAUCAUUCCGGUGGCGACUGGCAACCUCCAAGAGCAAGACACCGCAUUCGCUCCCAUGCCCAAACAAACAACAGAUUCAGAGGGCUAUCCAUCUCCUUUGUAUCAUAUCGUGAUGCACGACAUAGUGCUCUGUAA